AUGUACUCAAGUGACAAGGGGGUUAUCCCACUAGAAGACUUAACACCCACAACUGCAAACCCCGGACUGCUCAGACUCAGUCACUCACAAAUUAAACAUUUCAUACACUCAGAACCCAUUCUUCUACAAGGUCACAGAACUCACACGUCCAACGAAACACAAUGUUCCCAUCACAUGCUACGUAGGAGACUAAUCUCAUCCUUCUAUAAACUGAUCAGCCAAAAACAAGAGGAGACCCUACCAAACUACACGAUGCAGUGGGAUAAAGAAUUGAAUACCCAGAUACAGACAAACGACUGGCACAAAAUAUUCAAAAACAUAUUUCACACAUCCAGAAGCAAAAACAUCCAUGAAUGUUACUACAAGCGAAUAGCUAGGUGGCACUAUACACCGACCCGCAUCAAUAGAUUCUUUCCCAGCACUCCGAAAACAUGCUGGAGAUGUAACCAGAUAGUGGGCACCAAAGGCCAAAGGCCACAUCUGGUGGCUUUGCCCAAUGAUCCACGGUUACUGGAAAAAGAUAGCAACCCUCACACACACAAUAACGGGCAUCAGUCUCUCCCUGGAACCUAA